CGGGGGGCGCCGCGCGUGGGGAGCCGGGCCAGACUCCGGGCCGGCGGGCGGGCGGGCGGGCGGCAUGCCCGCGGGCGCCGCCUGAGGACGCCGCGCCCGCGCCAGCCAUGGGCGCCCCAGCCCGCGCCCUGGCGCUCUGCGUGGCCGUGGCCGUGGCGGCGGUGGCCGGCGUCGUCUCCGAGCGUCCCGGCGCGGAGCAGCGCGCCGUGCGGAGGGCCACAGAGGCCCCGGGGCCCGAGCCUGGCCAGCAGGAACAGGUGACCUUCGGCAGUGGUGACACCGUGGAACUGAGAUGCCACUCACCCGGGGGCGGCCCCGUGGGCCCCACUGUCUGGGUCAAGGACGGCACGGGUCUGGCGUCCUCCCCCCGAAUCCUGGUGGGGCCCCAGCAGCUGCAGGUGCUGAACGCCUCCCAGGAGGACGCCGGGGCCUACAGCUGCCGGCAGCGGCUCACGCAGCGCGUGCUGUGCCGCUUCAGCGUGCGCGUGGCAGAUGCUCCGUCCUCGGGAGAUGAUGAAGAUGGGGAAGAUGUGGCGGAAGACACUGGGGCCCCCUACUGGACCCGGCCCGAGCGGAUGGACAAGAAGCUGCUGGCCGUGCCUGCCGCCAACACGGUUCGCUUCCGCUGCCCGGCGGCCGGCAACCCCAUGCCCUCCAUCUCCUGGCUGAAGAACGGCAAGGAGUUCCGCGGGGAGCACCGGAUCGGGGGCAUCAAGCUGCGGCACCAGCAGUGGAGCCUGGUCAUGGAGAGCGUGGUGCCCUCCGACCGCGGCAACUACACCUGCGUGGUGGAGAACAAGUUCGGCAGCAUCCGGCAGACGUACACGCUGGACGUGCUGGAGCGCUCCCCGCACCGGCCCAUCCUGCAGGCCGGGCUGCCCGCGAACCAGACGGCCCUGCUGGGCAGCGACGUGGAGUUCCACUGCAAGGUGUACAGCGACGCGCAGCCGCACAUCCAGUGGCUGAAGCACGUGGAGGUGAACGGCAGCAAGGUGGGCCCGGACGGCACACCCUACGUCACCGUGCUCAAGUCCUGGAUCAGUGAGAAGGUGGAGGCCGACGCGCGCCUCCGCCUGGCCAAUGUGUCGGAGCGGGACGGGGGCGAGUAUCUCUGUCGGGCCACCAAUUUCAUAGGCGUGUCUGAGAAGGCCUUUUGGCUGCGCGUUCACGGGCCCCACGCAGCAGAGGAGGAGCUGGUGGAGGCCGACGAGGCGGGCAGCGUGUACGCAGGCGUGCUCAGCUACGGGGUGGGGUUCUUCCUCUUCAUCCUGCUGGUGGUGGCUGUGACUCUGUGCCGCCUACGCAGCCCCCCCAAGAAAGGCCUGGGCUCCCCAGCCGUGCACAAGGUCGCCCGCUUCCCGCUCAAGCGACAGGUAACAGUGUCCUUGGAAUCCAGCUCUUCCAUGAACUCGAACACGCCCCUGGUCCGCAUCGCCCGGCUGUCCUCCGGAGAGAGCCCCAUGCUGGCCAACGUCUCUGAGCUCGAGCUGCCUGCCGACCCCAAGUGGGAGCUGUCCCGGGCCCAGCUGACCCUCGGCAAGCCCCUCGGGGAGGGCUGCUUCGGCCAGGUGGUGAUGGCGGAGGCCAUCGGCAUUGACAAGGACCGCGCCGCCAGGCCCGUCACCGUGGCCGUGAAGAUGCUGAAGGACGACGCCACCGACAAGGACCUGUCGGACCUGGUGUCGGAGAUGGAGAUGAUGAAGAUGAUCGGCAAGCACAAGAACAUCAUCAACCUGCUGGGGGCCUGCACGCAGGGGGGGCCCCUGUACGUGCUGGUGGAGUACGCGGCCAAGGGCAACCUGCGGGAGUUCCUGCGGGCGCGGAGGCCGCCGGGCAUGGACUACUCUUUCGAUGCCUGCCGGCUGCCCGAGGAACAGCUCACCUUCAAGGACCUGGUGUCCUGUGCCUACCAGGUGGCGCGGGGCAUGGAGUACCUGGCCUCCCAGAAGUGUAUCCACAGGGACCUGGCCGCCCGGAACGUGCUAGUAACUGAGGACAACGUGAUGAAGAUCGCGGACUUCGGCCUGGCCCGCGACGUGCAUAACCUGGACUACUACAAGAAGACCACCAACGGCCGGCUGCCUGUCAAGUGGAUGGCACCCGAGGCCCUGUUUGACCGCGUCUACACCCACCAGAGUGACGUCUGGUCCUUCGGGGUGCUGCUGUGGGAGAUCUUCACGCUGGGCGGCUCGCCGUACCCCGGCAUCCCCGUGGAGGAGCUGUUCAAGCUGCUGAAGGAGGGCCACCGCAUGGACAAGCCGGCCAACUGCACGCAUGACCUGUACAUGAUCAUGCGGGAGUGCUGGCACGCGGUGCCCUCGCAGAGGCCCACCUUCAAGCAGCUGGUGGAGGACCUGGACCGCAUCCUCACCGUCACCUCCACCGACGAGUACCUGGACCUGUCCGUGCCCUUCGAGCAGUACUCCCCGGGCGGCCAGGACACUCCCAGCUCCAGCUCCUCGGGAGACGACUCCGUCUUCACCCAUGACCUGCUGGCCCCCGCCCUGCCCGGCGGGGGCCCCCGGACGUGAGGGCCGGGCCACUGCAGGCUGGGCGGG